UGUGUGGUUUGAUAGAUGGAUACCAGAGAUGAAGAGAAGGUUAGCUGAUAUAGUGAAUGUCCCGGAAGAAGCAAAAAAGUGGAUGGUUUCUGAUUUGAUAAUAGAUGGCAGGUGGAAUAUGAGUAAUCUGCAACCUUUGAUUUCUGUUGAAAUCUUACAAAAAAUUUGUAGUAUUGGAUCUGAUCAUUUCCAAAGAAGGGAUAAGCUUAUUUGGGAUAAAACAAGGAAUGGACUUUAUGUUGUGAAGAAAGGUUAUGUGGAGGCAAGGUCAAGAAGAAAUGUGAUUGAUGGUAGAGCGGGAAGCUCCUUCUCACUACCAUAUGAUAUAUGGAACAAAGUGUGGAAAUUGAGGGUGCUGCCUAAAAUUAAAAACUUCAUGUGGAGAUGCUUGGUAGGUGCAGUACCAGUGAAUGAAGCUUUGGUGAGAAGGAGAUGCAGAACAUCUGAAUUAUGCCUGAUAAAGCAACAAGGGAGUUUUGGAGAGCAAAAGGGUGGCAGAUAGAUAGAGAAGAGGAGAUGAAGAAAAAAGAUCAUUGUUCAAUAUGGCGCCCCCCAACUGCAGGUAUGGUUAAAAUUAAUUGUGAUGGCUCCUUUACCCCAAACAUGGCUACUAUCGGUUUAGUCUGUAGAAAUGAAAAUGGUUUGUUCCUAUGGGGAUUCGGUGAAGGAGUUAAGGCAGAUUCGGCUUUUCUAUCUGAAGUCCUUGUUGUUAGGAAAACUGUGCUUAUUAUCAAAGAGUUGAAUCUGUCCCAUGUUAUAAUUGAGAUUGAUUGCUCAGAAAUCGUUUGGUGCUAGCAGAAUAAAUCAGUAGAUUAUGCUGUUUGGAAUGGUAGAUGGGAAAUGCAAGAGGUAAUUGAGGCCUUGAAUGAUUUGAGUGGUGUGGAAAUUACUCUUGUUUCAAAGAAGAGUAAUGAAGCAGCAGAUUGUCUUGUUGUUAGUUGUAGAAAGGGAGUGUGCCCUUAUGGGUGGGUUGAUAAACCAACACCCCUCCUGGAGAAGGCUUUGGCCGUGGACCUGGAAAGGUGGGAAUUAUUCAAGGCUAGUGAAGGCACCUCUUGCAGAAGCCUAGAUACCAGUAUUGCUGCUUCAGGAGUAUGUGACAGCUUUGAGAAAUGUGGUAUUGGCUGAUUUGUUCUUGGCUUGUGCUCCCUUGCUUGUUCUUUCUGCUUGAUGUCGGUGUUUUCUUUCUGUUUUGUUUUCUUGUUGCUGUUUUUUGUUUUGGUUUAGUUGUGUGAUAGGUUGUACUCCUAGGACUUUUUGAGCGUUUUUCCUUUUGGGCCUUAAGUAGCUAUUAGCGUGUGUAUUUGAUUGUUUGUGUUUUAAUAAAAUGGACUCCU